GUGGGCGGACGCGUUGGUUUUCGUUCGGUUUUCGUCCAGUUGGCAAUUCUAUAGGAAUUGUCGUCCUGGUGGUCCCAUCUAUUCCCACAGACCAGCAUAGUCGAACCGCCCACCAUGAUCACCCAAGUAAACCCAAGAGAAAGUCGGCUGCUCGUCCUGGAAACAGGGUCAUAUCGUACCAAAGCAGGCGCUGCGGACCAUAUGGCCUAUACAAUUGUGUCAACACCUUCAAUAGUAGGCCUUAGACCACGAAAACAGCAGCAACAGCAGUCUCAGUCCCCGCAGAAAGAUACAGAGAUCGAAGCCGUGGACACGGCCGCCGCGGGAACGGUGGAACCAUCGCAAAGCGAGUCGGAGGUCAUGGACGUCGACACCGCGGACAACACAGGCGUAACAACCCCGGCUGAGCCGGCCGAGCCAACCGUAAUCGGCGAGGAGAGCGAGUUUGUCUAUGUGGCUGGGUCGAAAGUGUUGGAGUUUGACUCGACGGGCGAGGGCGUCGAAGGCGGGGACGCGAAUGAGAGCGGACUGGUUCACCCUAUCGAGAAUGGGUUGCCAGUAGACUGGCCGGCACUCUUGGGGCUAUGGCAGCACAUCCUUCUCAAAUCCCUCCCAACGCGGAUCAACCGAUCCCGCAACGACUGGUCGCUGAUGAUGACCGUUCCCGUCUCAUGGAGCAAAGAGGACCACAAGCGGGUUACGCAGUUUAUCUUUGAGGAAUUGAACAUGCUGGCGUUCACAAUCAUCGAGCAACCGCUUGCAGCGCUGUAUGGACAUAACAUGAGCACCGGGCUCAUCAUUGACAUCGGGCAUGAGACGACUGAUAUCACCCCAGUGAUUGAUAACAGCAUCGUGCGGUAUGCGCACAAGACGAUACCAUUAGGCGGACGUGAUAUCGAUCGGCAGCUUCUGGAGCUUUUGAAGGCAGACACACAGUUUAUGCAAGAGCUUGGCGUCGUCCCGCUCACGGAAGAGGUUGCAAGGACUGUGAAGGAGUCUUGUUGUGAGCUAUCGCUAUUACCUUACCGGGUAGAGCCGAAGGACAAAAUUGAGAGGGCGAAGGUCACCAUCAAUGGAAAGGAGGUCACAAUAGGCACCGCCCGAUUCCUCGCCGCCGAAGUCCUCUUCGACCCCUCCCUCGCCUCCAAAUCCACCCUCAACAUCCCCGAAGCGUGCUACCUAGCCGUCACCGAAGCCUGCGAACCCGAGAAACGCACAAGCCUAUGGGAAGCCAUCGUGCUCACCGGCGGGUCGUGCCAAAUCAAGGGCAUGCGCGGCAGACUGGACAAGGAGCUGGGGAAGCUGAUAUCGGCGUCGGAAACGUCGAAUGAAUUUCAGGCCAAGGAGAUCAAGUGGGCCGGUUUGCCGGAGUACUUUCCGAGCUAUAAGGAGAAGCAGCAGGAUGUGGGAUUUUUGGGGGCUAGUGUUGUUGCAAGGAUUGUUUUCACGUCCUCCUCCUUUGCCUAUGUGACGAAGACCGAUUACAACGAGCUCGGCCCAUCAGCUAUCUGUCUGAAAUCGUAGAAGGCGUAAUAGUACAUAGCACAGCGAGGUGAGGCUGGCUGGGCUUCCCUCCCGGUUGUGUGAUUACUGUGUACAUAGGUUGGGUUGUGAAUAUGACG